AAUGGCUGAAGCAAGACAAAGACUGGAGGCUCUGAGGUUCAACAAAAACCUUUUCCGAAUCAUUUCCCUGCUGUUUCUGCUUCACAUUGGACAGUCACUGGAUUUUAGAGAUUAUAGGAAUGUUGAAAGCUUGGUGAAUAACUUGCAGAAAGCAGAAGAAUUAGUCACAUACCUUAGAGAAGUACAAAGUGGUACUGAAUUUAUCUUAAUUCUUUUGGAUGAAGCAAAGUUUGUAGCAAACAAGAAGCAUCUUGAACUAUUCCAGCCAUAUCUUCAAGAAGCUGUAGAUGAAGCACACAAACAAAAGGUCAAAAUGUCAUCUUUUACAAUGGGCAUGCAACGGAUUUGCAAUUUGAUCAUGAACACUGAAUGUUACCUUAAAGAAACGAAAAAGUCAAUAUUUACUCAUCAAUCGAAGACAAGGUUAAUUGAAGCCAUAGAGCAACUCCAUGGAUUAUGUGUGAGUUACGUAGCGUUGCAGAAAGACACCUUCAAUGGAAAAACAAAGGAGACUGAAACAAAACUGACAUGGACGUUGAAUAUUCUUACAUUACGGAAGAAGAUUCUCUUUCUUUAUGAAAUUAAACCAGUCGUGAUACUUUGCAUUUUAGCCCUUUGUUGGAUGUGUUCCCGCAUCUGUUCUUGUAUAUUUUCAUACCUAUAAAUUGUUUCAUCAUGAACAUAUAUUUUGUAUCUGCAGUAAAGUUUAACUCUUUCUGAACUUUGCAUGAUUUAGGAUUUAGGAGAAGGUUGUGUUUGUGUCUGUUGAACCAUUUUUAUGUUCAUAUACCUUUAAUCACUGAAGAAUCAUUGUCACGACCUUCUAUUUCCACCCACACUCUGGGUGGAAAUAGGUGGCUUGAUUUGCACGCACUUCCAACUUGAUUGUUUUGUAAAACUAUAUAUGAUUUAUUUCUUACAAAAGUAGAGACAAAAUAAUUUAUAAAAAUGUCUUGCAACUUAGUCAAAAACGAAAAAUGAUCUCAAUUUGAUGUUUGAAGCUCUAAAAAGUGGCCAAAAAAUAAUUUACAAAACCUUCCGUCAACACACCAGACAUUUACCAAACAAUAGACCUCCACCAAGCACCCGGUGUGUUGUUAAUUACUCAAAUUCAUGGGAGGAUCUAACAAUUAUCAAUGUAAUCUAAACAAUUACAAAUAUAAAAGUUAUUUACAAAUUUUGGAUCUAAAUCAACUUAACUACCUUCUAACUUGUUUUUAACUACCCAAAGAAGAAGAAGACUAAAUUGGUAGAAAUUAUAAUUCACAAAAUUUAGCCUAACAUGGCCACAACAAUCACUAAACUACAUUUUCAUGCUUCUUGGCAAAGGUUGCUAUUUAUUUUGUGGUAGCAUGUUCACAAAAAUAAAGAUGACAAUGUGUUAUUUUGUGAAGUCUUCUAUUUUUCUCUUAUUCAUAUUUUUAACUUAGUAAAAUACUUAUUGCCCAGCCAUAAAAUUUCCUCACUACUAAAUAUUCUCAGUCAACUGUUAAGCUUAUUAACUGCAAUGGUUUCCAUGGUGGUUUAUAUUACCUUUACAUGCUUUACCUUUGAUUUUCUAAAUUACAACUUGACUUUUUAUCCAUCAUAAUUUCAAUUUUG